AGCGAUGGUGAAGAGGAAGGCAGCCAAGGUGAGCGAAGAGGUGGAGAACAGCAGCGAAGAGGCCCCGGAGGAACAGAGCAUGGACGUGAAGCCAAUUGGCGAGGUGAUCAGGAAGACUGGCCGCGGGAGGUCCGAGCGUAAGUUCUACAAGGAAUUUGAGCUCGAUGGUGCUCGCUACUGCCUGGAGGAUUCCGUGCUAGUAACACCAGAGGAAAAAAGUCAGAAGCCAUAUGUAGCGAUUAUCAAGGAAAUCAAAGAAUACAAGGAUGGUUCUAUUGCUGUGACUGGACAAUGGUUCUAUCGGCCUGAGGAAGCUGAAAGGAAAGGUGGAGGUAGCUGGGUGGCCGACGAUACUCGAGAACUGUUUUACAGCUUCCACAGGGACGAAGUUCCGGCGGAAUCGGUGAUGCACAAGUGCGUCGUGCAUUUCAUACCGUCGCACAAGAAGUCGCCACCUCGGUCCCUGCAUCCAGGGUUUAUAGUUCGCAAGGUUUAUGACACCGUGGAGAAGAAGCUCUGGAACUUGACGGACAAAGACUACGAGGAUGCAAAGCAGAAGGAAAUCGACCUGCUUGUGCAGAAGACACAUAAGGCACUGGGAGGUCUUCAGGAUGCCGAAGUCGAGGAAGUGAUUGCGGUGACUGAGAAAUCCGACAAACCGGACAAGCCUGUGAGGAGGACGCUGCGAAGAAAAACGAUCCCUCAUCCUCCAGCACUAACUGUUUUGAAGGAAGAGAUCGCUGCCAUGGAGGAGGGAGGCGACACUCCAGGUGGGAAAGCCGAGGAGGUUGAAACACCUAGUGUUGCUAAAGUCGAGGCUGUAACUCCUGGUGCGGACGGAGACGUGAAUGCGAUGCUUCGGCAGAUGAAUGUGCUAACUGGGAAUAUCAAAAGGGACCGCUGGUUGGAGAAGAUCAUGUCAAGCAUCAAAUCCUUCUAUAUGACCACACAGCAAGAAGGCUCGGAAGCUGCAGGAGAAAAGGACCCGCAAUUUACUCCCGAGCAAGCGGUCUCGGCGGUUUCUUCUCUAGAAACCGCAGCUUAUGAGGCGUUAGACGAGCGCAAGUUCAACCUGAAAAUGCGAUCUUUAGAGUACAACCUUAGGAACGGUCCUGUUUUGGCUCGUAGGCUACUUGCAAAGGAGUUACAAGCAUUGACUGUUGUUAAUAUGACGCCUUCGGAGCUAAAGGAUGGAAUGACUGCAGCUGAAAAGAGUGCGCAAGAACCCGAACAACCUCAAACUGUACAGAUGGCAGACGUUCGCUGUGCUCUAUGCGGAGAACCUCAAGUAGGAGUUAAGGACAUCAUCAACGCUCCCCACGGGGAUAGAUACCAGCUGGAGUGCCUGAAGUGCGGCCAUAGCUGGUAUUCGGCUCGGGAUUCUAUAUCUUCUCUCACCAUAGGGACUGUCAAUCCUAGUCCGACUGUUGGCAUUGCGCCAUGGGCAACAUCCAAGUUCGAGGAAGUUCAAAAGAAGAUAGGUGUCAAUGAGAAAGGAAAGGAGAAGGAGAAGGAAAAGGAAAAAGAGAGCGAGGCGGAAGAAGGUCAUGGCGACAACAAAAACGAUGAGGCAGGGAACGACGACCAUAAUGACGCAAGGGGGGCAGAAGAACUGAAGCCGAACGAGCCUGUGACUCUGGAAACGAAUAAAGAAGCUGCGGGCGAUAGUGAAAAGCGAGAGGGGGCGGAAGAAACUCCACCUUCAACAAGUGGUAACGAGGAGAAACGAGAUUCCGUAGAUGCUGUUGAAGGUGACGGAAAUCCAGCUGCUGAAAGUGGAAAAGUCUCAAGCUCUGCCAUGGACACUGAAAGUGGAAAAGUUUCAAGCUCUGCUGUGGACACUGACGCUGGAAAAGUUUCAAGCUCUAUCGACGCUGCUGAAGUUGGAAAAGUUUCAAGCUCUAUGGACACCGCCAAGGACACUGAAGUUGGAAAAGUUUCGGACACUGCCAUGGACACCGUAAACGCUACAGGUAAUCGAGGACUUCCUUCCUAAGGUCUGUUGUCAGCUGUACGUAUAUAAACUCCAUUUAGCAGGACCAACUUAACUUGGUGCUCACAUCUCUGGCUGCGAGAUGAGCCUCUCUCCAGAGCCAUGGAAGAGGUCCCAGAUCUGCACAAGACGCAAGAGAUCUCGGUCACAUUCGACGAGCGUGGUGGUGCUCCCUGGAGGAGCACCCGCAGGUUUAGUCGCGAAAUGCUCGGGUCGGGGAUGGAAAAGAAGAUUUGGAGAGGGAAAAAGCUUCUCAAGGAAAAAUGCCAGGCGAUGGAAAAGCCUCUUUGACCUUCGCCGUUGGAGCCCCAAAUCGGACGGUGGACAGGGCAGUUUUAGCUGUAAUGAGAGUAAGAUGUCAACGAUGUAAACUAUGGUUAGCAUUAUUAUUAGUAGUAUCUUUGAUGACAUAAGUUAGUUGAGCA